GGUCCCGGCUGCUGAUGAAGUCAUGCUCAAACGGCUCCGGAAUGUGAGGAAAUUGGAAAAUAGAAAGAAGAGAGCUAAAGAACAGAAACGUAAACAAACGGAAUCAGAUUCUGACGCUGACAUGUCCGUGAAGGGCACGUCAAAGACAUUGGAAGACAUCCUCAAGGAUUCAGACUCCGAGAUGCUACUGAUCCUACUAAAAAGAAGAAGUUAAUAGAAGAGAAGGCUCAGAAGAAGAAGGACGGCGGGUUCAAGACCGCUGCUGAUGGCAGACUGAUCAUCUCUGAUGAUGUGUCUGAUGAUGAGGAGGAACCGAAGCCCAGCGGAGAUAUUGACACUGAUACUGAUGACACGGAUAACGAGGGGGAUGCUAAGCCAUCUAAGUUACUGAAGGCGGGUGGCAAGCGGCGCUACGACGAUAUCUUGAGUGUGAAGAGCGGCCGCAGCGCAUUAAGCAAGGCUUCCACUGCCUCGAAAUAUAAAGCUGGUGGGAAAG